AUGUACCAGCAGCAUAAGCAUCCUGAUACAGAGCUUCUAUGGGACUUGAACAUGACAUUUUCGGUAGCCCUGUUACCUCGUUGGUCUGUGUUUCUUCUUUUGCUUCUUGUCUUGUGUAGAUCAGGAGCAAAGGUUGUCACCAUUGAUGCGCGUGCAGCCAAUGAUCUCAUCCAGACAGGUUCUAUUUAUCUUGAUGUUAGGACAGUGGAAGAGUUUCAGAAGGGGCAUGUGGAUGCAGAUAACAUCGUUAACAUUCCAUACAUGUUGAAUACACCUAAUGGCAAGGUGAGGAAUCCAGACUUUUUGAAGGAGGUUUCGUUGGCUUGCAACAAAGAAGAUAAUCUCAUUGUGGGUUGUCAAAUUGGGGUGAGAUCUUCAUCUGCAACUGUUGAUCUUCUGUCUGAUGGUUUUAAGAAUGUGAAGGACAUGGAAGGAGGUUAUGAGGAAUGGGUUAUAAACAAGUUUCCAGUGAAGAUAUCAUUAGCCAAAGAGGAGCUUUAA